AUGCGCCCAGCAGUGAAUUCGGAUGAAUCCGUAACGGCGAAUCGAUCCGCUCGCAUAACGUCGCACGACGACUAUCCAUCACGAGGUCGCAAGGAACAAAUACCUGGCUCGGGAAGCGCGCAAACAAAGUACGAAACGCAUUUAUCGCGAAACGACGCGCAUCCCUCAACGUAUGGAUCUACGCAGCCGUUAGAUUGGCACGUCGCGAAUCGCGAGUGGUGCGUCCAAACUAUGCUGGAGGAUCAGUCAGCUGUCCCGGGAACUUCCGACGGAACGUCGCAGAAGCACCAGGGGGUCGAUUCGCCGCCACGUAGAUACCAAUCGACGAACACCGACGACGAGUGCGGCGUUAAGCCGCGCCUGUGGUGCGCGAACUGCUACAGGAAGAAGAAGAAGAUAUGGCGCGAACUCGAGCUGGCAGAGUCGACGAGACGGCUUCUCGGGCGAAUAAAGAAGCGGUGUAAGGAGAGCGAGAAACCCGACGACGAGGCGGUCGCCGGUGUAUCAAGCGCGCCGUAUCGAGAAUCGAUAAGCCGUCCAAGUGCCCCGGAGAAAUCCAAGAGAAGUCGUAAACAAGGCGCGGCGAUAGAGCCAGCCGAUACGGACGUUACCGAGAGAAGCAAGAAGGAGCGGAAGGCGAGGAGGUACGACGAGCAAGAACGGGAGAGACGACGGGAACGCAAGGAACGGGAAAAGAAGGAGAGACGAGAGAGGCGCGAGCGCGAGGAGCGAAUUUUGCGCGCUGCGGACGCACGAGCGGCCGCGCCGGCGGACUUCCUCAAGAGCUGCUGUUACCUGUGCGCGCAGAACACGCUGGCGAUCGCCGGAUUCAAACCGGAGCGGUCCGACAAGGGCAUCCAAGUUUCGGCCCAUAAAUUUCACGCGGGGACAGCCGCGCUCGAUAAGAGCUGCAGCGCGAUCCUGCUGGUGCGCACAGUGCAGUCGUCCGUCAAGGUGAAGACGCGCGAGACCAGCACGCUGUGUCCCGGACGUACGACCGCCUGGCCCAAGGAUACCAAGGCGAAGGCGAAGCGCAGGAAGUUGAGCGUAUUCCCGGGGCUGAUGUGGACGAAGUGUCCGGCGAGACGACACGCCGCCUGCGAGACCGAUAAGCCCGGCAGACGCGAUAACGCGGAAAAACCGAGCGAGCGACCGAGGGACGAGAAGUGCUGCAGAGCGAAGAGGACAGCCUGACAGUCAGAGUCUUCUUUCUGAAUCUCGCGCUCGAUCCAGAGCUCGAGAGCUAAUGUCCGCCGUCGCCCGUCGGGAAAUAAAAAGAAAUAAUU